AUGCCUAAGAAACGAAACAGCAUAAAGUCUUUCAAGCCAUAUCCUGCGGCAUCGACGAGCAGUUCAUCGUCUCCUUCUGGUUUCGGUGGCGAUAAAGCCCCCAGAGAUGUGAACCAACUCCUUGCAACCCUGCGAGACGCUGGUGCAGGACCAUCCUCCUCGCCAUCUCUGUCGGAGACCUUGCCUAGCAUUCCACCUUCCAUCAGAGAGAUUCUCCAGAUCCCUGAGACGCCAUCACCCGCUCCACGGCGACCUUGUCGUCAAAGAUAUGACAGCCAAGGCCGCAGACUGCCCGCUGGUCCAGCGCCGCCCCGCAGCUGGUUAUCAGGAGGGCGUGAUGACGGUGACUUCUCAAACUCGCUCGCCCGUUCUCUGCGCGUGAGCUAUUCUGGCUUCGAUAGAUGCACGUUGCCAGGGGCGCCGCUGCCACAGCCCGGGAGUCUGAUUGACCUUGUUCUCAGGCGUCUGGCUGUAGACUGGGACUUUCAUCGCGUUUUUAACCAGUAUCACCUGUAUUUUGUGCCUAGUCAUCUCAAGCCGGCUCUGAUUCGGUAUAUAGGCGUCGCUUCAAAUACCGGUGUAUCGAUAUCUGACCUGAAGACCAUUCUACUACCUCCCGAGGAGGUCUACUCCGAUGAAAAGUUUGACCACGUAUCCAGGGCAAACACGGAAAUUACCUGCCUUGACCUCUCCGCCUCUGUCGGCAGGUCUUUGAAACUGAAAGACGUGACCAGCAUCCUCUUCAAUGCGGUCGGAUCCCAAACUACUGACGAACCUCAAGAGUCUUGGGAAACUGUCGACACCAACCCGAGCCCGCCGCGCCUCUUGCUGCCCAACUUGACGCAUCUGUCGCUGGCACUGGAUCCCAGGGGCACAAGAGACGCCCCGUGGAAGGAACUUCUGUCAUUAUCAUCAAGGUUGCCCGCAGUCACACACCUGAGUCUUGCGUACUGGCCAGAGCCUUGCUUGGCUCCACGGGCAAAGUUUUCCACCAUUUCUUCGCCUCAAGGGCGUAAUAUAUCGUAUGGCGGCACAAAUUAUUAUUCUCAUUCGCUGGACCAUGAUUGGACCGAGGCCCUUCUUGUGCUGAGAAUGCUUAGCAACAAUUUCUACAGGUUGGAGUUUCUAGAUCUCACUGGAUGUGCAACGUGGUUCAAGGCGCUUCGGUUGAAAGACGGCCAUGAUUAUGUCGAUUGGUCUGGCUCCUGGGGCAGACUAACGGUUCUGCGACUUUACACAGGGUGGGAGCUUGGUAUGGAUGCCAUGGCAUCAGAUAAAGCAGCAUACAAGUCAGCCAUUGACACUGCAAAGCGCGUUGAGAAACAUAUUGUAGCAAUGAGGGCCGGCAAGGGGCGUUUCAUCACUGUCGAGAGAGAUAGCAUAGAUGGCUAG